UCCACCCCUUGGAGAGACGAGAAAGGUGGCUCCGGAUCCUCCACGUAAGAAUCCCUCCCAUCUCAUAUCUUUGCUCCCCUCCCAUUGACCACAGCCGGCCGGGCACGUACUUAUUCCCGCCCUGCCCUAGCUCUCUCGCUCUCUUCUCCUCCACACACCAACCCGGCCGAGCACACAUCUAUCAUUUUGCUCGCGCGCACACGGAAGCAAACAAGCGGAGCGAGUGGCCGAGUGCUUCGUUAAGAGCGCGAGCACACACAGACCACACAGGGGGAGUGGUGGCGGUGUAGUACGUCGUAGGAUGUCGGCGUCGUCGAGCGCCGCGUGCCGCGUGUGCGGUGGUGGCGGGGGCGUGGGGGAGUGCGCGUGCCAUGGGCAUGGAGUCGGCGGCGCGCGGUGCGGGGUCGCGGUCACGGACCUCAACCGCGGAUUCCCUGGGACGUGGCAGCAGGCGGAGGAGGAGCCGCCCAUCGUCGGCGGUGGUGCAGCGGCGGCGGCGGGGCUUCAGGAGUUCCAGUUCUUCGGCCAUGACGAGGAUCACGACAGCGUGACGUGGCUGUUCCACGACCCGGCGCCCCACCUGCAGCGAGGGCCGCCGGCGGCGGCGGUCGGGAACGGGGCGGCCGAGGCCGAGCAGCGGCAGGCGCCGCCGUUGUUCGACGGGUACGCGCAAGCACAGUACGGCCAGCUGCCGGGGAACGGGCUCACGUUCGAUGUGCCGCUGAGCCGGGGCGGCGAGGCGGCCGACGCGGCGGUCCUGGAGGCCGGGCUGGGGCUCGGCGGCGGCGGCAACCUGGCGACGACGUCCAGCGCCACAAUCAUGUCCUUCUGCGGGAGCACGUUCACUGACGCGGCGAGCUCCGUUCCGGGAGAGGCUGCGGCCAACGGCGGCAACCCAAGUGGUGGCGACCCGGCGAUGGACCGGGAGGCGAAGGUGAUGCGGUACAAGGAGAAGCGGAAGAGGAGGCGCUACGAGAAGCAGAUCCGGUACGCGUCCCGCAAGGCCUACGCCGAGAUGCGGCCGCGCGUCAAGGGCCGGUUCGCCAAGGUGCCCGACGGCGACGGCGCCACACCGCCGCAGCCCGCGGCUGCGGCGGCGGCAGGCUACGACCCCGGGCGGCUCGACCUUGGAUGGUUCCGUUCAUAGCAAAGAUGUACGUACGUACGUACGUACGCCGGCCGGAGCAUUACCUACCAUAGGCCAUUGGUUCAUUAAAGUAGAUAAAUACGCGCGAAAAUGUAUAUGUGAUUGAUACUUGACUAGCUAGCCCUGAAGAAUAUAUCUUAUUAAUACUAGUAGUAUAAGUACAGUGACAAUUGUGAUGCA